AUGAUUUUUGGUAACCUAUCAGGUCACCCCAAGACAAGAGCUUUCAUCACCCAUGGUGGCACAAAUGGGAUUUAUGAGGCCAUCUACCAUGGUGUUCCCAUGGUGGGCAUCCCCAUGUUUGCUGACCAGCCAGACAACAUGGUCCACAUGAAGGCUAAGGGAGCUGCAAUUAUUGCAGACUUGAACUUCAUGAAGACUGAGGACCUGAGAGAUGCUCUCAAUACUGUCAUCAAUGACAAAUCGUACAAGGAGAAUGUCAUGCAGCUGUCCAGCAUCCAUCAUGACAGACCAAUGAGUCCUCUGGAUGAGGCAGUAUUCUGGAUUGAGUACACCAUGAGAAACAAAGGGGCCAAGCACCUGAGGGUUCAGGCCCAUGAGCUCACCUGGUACCAGUAUCACUGCUUGGAUGUCCUGGCCUUCUUCUUCGCCAUCGUUCUGCUCCUCAUAUUUCUUGUCAUCAAGACCUGCAGUUUCUGCCUCCGGAGGUGCUGUGGCAGAAAGGAAAAGAGAAAGAGAAAGGCUGAGUAACUGAAUGAACUGAAAUGAAGCUGGUAAAAAACUGAUGGAUAAAAAAAACAGUCCGCUGGUUCUCCUGUUGGUCUAAAUCAUGUGAUGUAACCACAGUGCCCUGGACUGUAAUUUGUGGCAUGGGACCAGAAACUGUCACAACUUUGAAAUAAAUAAUUUGGGUAACAAAACUGAAAAUACAUUCAAAAAAUCUCUCUACAGUGUCCAGUAUGACUGUGAAACUCCAAAUGAUGUAACAUGUUUUGUACUACUUGUUUCACUUGCUUUGUCACCAUGAAUUCAGAUUAAGUCAACCUGUAAACUGAAGUAAAAACACUGUUCGACUCUCCAUGGACAACACCAUGAAUUUGCAUCUCAACAUACUGUAGGUGGACACUCUUCUCGUUUGUUCCAGCAUCAACUGCAGACGAGUGUGAUCUAAUUUCCAUUAUGUCAGUUACCCAAAGUUAGAUUUUCUUCUUUUAAAAACACAUUAGUUUUACUUUUACGUGAGAAUAAAUUUCUGUGGUCAUAUAUCAUCAGUUUUAAUCAAGGAUUCUGACAUAACUUCCACAACUUAGUUGGAGUUUAGUUGGGGUUUGGUGCUCAGCAUGAAGAAAAUUAUAGAAAAGACGAUUACUAUUUCACAAUUCAAGGAGUAGACCCUAGGACAGCUCGUAUCUGACAAAGGUCUGGAGACGAUAAACAUGGACCCGUCCAGGCUGAGGGAAUCAUGGACAUGCAGCUGGUGAAGACAAGACAAAACAUAAAACCAAAGCAAUUAGACAUGUUCCCACUGGUAAGAAGUUAUGGAAUAAACUCUCUUUAUGUCUUUUCCUACCUGGAACACCUGACAUCCAGGUGCUCCCAUGUUAAAAGUUUAAAAAUACAGACAAUGAUCUGAUGGUGUAAGCUGUAAAGUAAACACUUUGGAUGUUUUUAAAGCAUAAACCAUACUCACCUUUCCAUGAAACACCUUUUCCAUUGUUGUUUUUACACUCCUCCUUACAGAUGUUUGCCAGUUUGUGUCAGAGUUUGUAG